GGAUAAACAAGAUAGAAUAUACGGGUGAGAAGGGUAGAGGGGAAAAGGAGGACGAGGAGGAGGAGAAGGGUGCAGACCGCGAUUUAGCGGAUUUUCAACGUAGCUGCACCGUCUCUCGCGGAGGGGUGUGCGCGAUUCUUAACACGGCGGAACCGCCCCUCGGUGCCGCACGGCCAAUGGCACGGCCGUCCUCGGUGCGCGAGCUCGGGGGUUGCAAACGGAGUAGUCGCAAUCUACCCCCCUCGUUACGCUCUCACCCUCCCGGAAUGUAGUAAACGGCUCACCUCGCAGUGCUCUCGCCAUGUUCGCGCCGAGCGAGCGGCCCGUUCUCCCGCAACAGAAGUGAGGAUCUCCGCUGGGUCCGUGAAGUCGACCGGUGGUGCUUUCGUCGCGAAGGAUCUCGGCCUCUUCAUCGAGCCCGCGGAAGCGCACGAUAGAGGAAGCGCGGCGCCGCCGUCGCCGCCGCCGCCGCCGCCGCCGCCACCGCCACCGGCCGCGGGGACCGCCGAGCGCGCGCGGCCGCUCGUCAUGGCGGGCCCGUACCUGUCGCCCCUUGGGCCCCAGGCCGAUCUGCUUACCGAAUACAUGUUUGGCCGUCGCCGUCAGGUCAGUAGACGCAAUCGGACCACGUUCACGCCGCAACAGCUCCAGGAAUUGGAAUCUCUUUUCCAGAAAACGCAUUAUCCCGACGUUUUUCUCAGAGAGGAAGUCGCACUUCGGAUAUCACUUUCGGAAGCACGUGUUCAGGUAUGGUUUCAAAACAGACGGGCAAAGUGGAGAAAGCAAGCUCGGUUACAAUUGCUACAGGACGCGUGGAGAAUGCGAUGCUUGGGUUUAGGAAGCGCCACGCCGCUACUACUCGGCCGACCACCCCCUGGAGGCCUCGAGAGACUGCCACCACCGCCGCCGCCGCCGCCGCCGCUGCUGCUGUCGACGCAUCCUCCAUCGCCGUCGUCCUCGUCAGCCCUCACAGGCUCGCCGAAUGCGACCGACAAACUACCCGAGAUUGGCGCUCCCGUGACGGUCUGCAGAGAUUUUAGAAUCUUGCCUCCGCCGCCACCCGGGUACUCGGUACCCUGCGACAAAUCGCCCGACAAGAUCAAGUGCCGAUGCGGAACGCCGCCCAGGAUCUGCGCGAGUCCCGUGGAUCGUGGCGACGUCCUGACAACGAGGGAGCGACCGCAGGAGGCCGAGAUGGAUCUCACUCUGAAGGGCCAUCAUCCCGCGUCCGCCAGGCAUUCGCUGUUCCAUCACUUACCGAGUAACCAUCAGCAGCAGGACAUCGUGCAGAGCGUGGACGAGCCUUUGGACGUCACUCUCAACAGCGGCAAGAACAACUGAGCGAAGACAAGUCCGCGAUCGGUCAAGCUUAUGAUCACUUGCUAAGACAUUUUACCCUUCACCUCUUGACUCUUAUUAAGUGUACGGUGUAAUCGCAUUUAACAGCGAGUAUACAUUCGAGAUAACGUACAUUGUCGAACUCUGCGUCAGUUCCGAAAGUAAAGGCCAUAACACACA